CCUUACUCUCGUAUCCCACACUACGUUCAAUUGACAGCGAGCUGUGACCGAACCACGAGCGUCGAGCAGAUUUAACUUAUUCAUCCCCAUUCUGAGCUCAAGAAACCAGAUAAUCCACGCCAUAAUGAUCUGCCAACGGUGCCGAACCGGCAUUGUCUCCCGGCUACAGCAGCAGCACACCAUCACGCUGUCUGCCUCAUCGUACGCGCGCCAGCUUCCGAUCCAGCGCAGCCAGUUCCGCAACUACAGCGAUGGAAAGCCUACAGUAUCAGCCACACCGCCGCCGCCUACUCCCCGACAGCCUCUUGUGGGCGAUAUCACGGUCCCGUCCGCAGUGUCCUCCGCGACCCCUGGUGUGUCGCAACCAUUGAGCACCCCAGAAGGUGUUCAUGUUGAUGUCAACCCUGGAAAGCCCACAAAGACAGCCACCGAACGCGCUCCGAGCAAGCUCACCGCCGGUACAAAGAUGAACGGGCUCAACUACUUCAAGAACAAGCCUGAGGUCCUCGCCCUGGAGGACUCGGAGUAUCCAGAGUGGUUGUGGUCAUUGUUGGACGAUACCAAGGGCAAGACUGAGAGGGGCGGAGUUGAUCCGAACACCCUGAACAAGAAGCAACGCAAGCGUUACGACAAGAAGAUGGCCGCUCGUGCUGCUACCCUCCCUCCCAUGAUCCCGGUUCAUCAUCACGCUACCGACAUCACACCUGCCUCGUACAACCGCACCGAGGCAGCGCCCGAAGACCCCCUCCAGGCUGCCUCCGAAAGUAUCGAGAAGCGCACCGAGAUCACGAGAAGUGCCAGAAAGGAGCGGAGGAAGGCCAUCCGCGAGGACAACUUCCUGCGCGGUCUCUAGAUUAUUUUCCUGGUCUUCUGCGAUCCGCCUUCUUGGGGGGCGUUCUCGCUGGGUGGUGUCUCGACAAGCUGGCAAUGUACAAUGGUGUUGGCUGACCUAGUGUAGAAAUUCCUUGGGAUAUGUUCAAUGUAUUUUAUGCGACUUGUACUCAUAUUAUUUCAUCAGAUGAGGCGCUGAAUGGGCUCUUUUAUCUUUCAUCUGACCAUAUGUUUCUGGCUACAUUGGAACUUCUUUCUUGAACAAGUGGUUUAUGGGAUACGCUGGGAUAGCCAAGGGUUGACUUCGGUUUUGAUGUAGUGGUCUUUUAUUGGAAGGACUACUCCCAAUGUUUGUGUCUGCAAUAUGCCUUGAUGCGCGAACCUGCGAUUGUGUUUUCCACCCGACCGUGAGCCCAUAGGGACGGGUGUUGCCAUUUUCAGUCGCAGUUGUUCCUAGGAUACGAUCGAGGACUGGGCUGGAAGCUCUAACAAACAAAGAGCUUUGGCUAUCCGAAGAAC